AUGGGUCAAACGAUCUCCUCAGUAUUGAAAGAAGGUCAAGAUGAUGAAAAUGUGACAACAUUUUUAGAGAGGAGGAAAGCAACAUCUCCUUAUUACGGUCCAUACAACACAAGAAAAGCAACAUUCACAACAAAUUCUCAAGGGAUGACUGCACCCUCUAUAAACCAUUCAAUGAACAUGGAACAAAAACUUUCCUCAGUGGAGCCCAGAAAGGAAACUUCCUGGGAGGAAGAAAAAGAAGAUCCCACUUCUUGGUUACAUCAUCAUCAGAAUUCUCUAAAUGAAAUAACAACUCAGACAACUUUGGGAAAGAAGGUAGAAACUGCUCCUUUUAUCCAACCGUAUAAUGUUGUAGCCCAAUCUAGAAAGAAGGAAGAAAUUUCUCCUUCUAUCCAACCAUGUUAUAAUACCUUAGCCCAGAAGACAACUUCCUUGAUGUCGGAAAGUACAAUUUCUCCUCUCUAUCGAUCCGUGACUUCCUCGUAUAAGAGAAAUGAGUUGAUGACACCAAGAGAAAGAGAAAGAAGAGUAAAGAAAGGACGAGAUAUUUUAAAAAUUCUCCAACAUUUAGUCUCAAUUCUAAGAGAUAAUGACGAAGACGUAAUUUAUGGCUUUUGGCAGUGUGAAAAGCUUGAAGAACGUGACCUUGAAGAACCUGGAUGGGAGGAAGAGCUUUCUUUGGAUGUUCUUCAAAAGUGUCUAAAUAAAACCCCUGAGGAUAUAUAUGAAUCUUUCAAGAAAAAUUGUAUUGACUAUACUGCCUGUAGAAAAGAACAUCUGAUUACAAGCUUCCGUAAAUACACACGAUCAAGAUAUUUGGAUGAAGAACCCGAUCUAGAGAUCAUCUGUCACUUGUUAUGGAAUGAUUAUUACCGAGUAUAUGGUGAAUUUAAGUGCCGAAAUUGCUGGAAAAAAUGGAGAAGCGCUUAUAUUUGGAUAUCAUUCCAAAAAUUUAUUGAGAAAAUCCCUGGACCGCGAUUACGUAAGAAUGAUUUUUAUAUGCAAAAUUGUAAAAAAUGCAAGGCAGGAGAAAACGAUGAAAGUUUCAUCUUGCUUUAUGAGCCUUUAAAAACUUCAGGCGGAGUAAAACCCCAUAAGGUAGAAUUAUGUGCAAAGUGCCAAAAUGAUGAAUACUGUAGACAAACCGGUACCUAUUUGGGAAAAAACGUUCAUUAA